GCGGCGCGCGCUGCACCGAUGACCUACUGCUCUCCGCGAGCCACACACAGCGACCAGCACGAGGCUUGACUGGAGAGGCGAUUUAAUUUAAUAAGGAAACUGUAAAAGCACACAGAUCUAAGUGGCUGACAACAGGCUACUUCCUCCUGUACUCUUUGUGUUGCAGAGAUGCCGAUGGAGGGCACACUGGUUUUACAACCUGCUUGUCCUCGCACUCCUCCUGCUGUUCCUCAGGAUUCUUGUCCUCCUCCAAAUGCUCAGACGAACAUUUCAGACCAUCAAGCUUCUUCUAUUAUCCCCCCCUCCACUUGCACGGCCCUUCAUCCCCCAGCUCCCACACAGCUGCCACCUCCUCCACCACCACCUCCUCCUCCUCCUCCUCCUCCUCCUCCUCCCCCACCGCCACCUCCUUUUGCUUCUCAAAAUAUCAAGCGGCGUUCCAUGAAAAAGGUGAACUGGGAUGCCAUUCCCAGCCAGUGCAUCCUUGGGAAAUGGAACGUCUGGACGUCGCAGCGGCCGCAGAAGGACCUCGUUCUGGACAUUCGGAGCAUGGAGGAGCUAUUCAGUCAUGUGGAGACACGACUGCCUCAACACAGGGCCAAGUUUCUGGGUCCUAAAAGGGUCGAAGGCAUGACCCCCUUUCCCCAGGAGGCACAGGUCUCAAUUCUCGACUCCAAAAAGAGUAUGAAUGUUGGGAUCUUCCUGAAACAUUUCAAGAGGCCAGUGACAGAAAUGGUAGAGGACAUUCGGCAGGGGAAUUGGCAUAGAUUUGGAGCAGGAAAACUCAAAGAGCUGUGUAAACUGCUGCCAGAUGACAGUGAGGUGAGGCAGCUGCUGCAAUUCAGAGGGAACUUCUCGCUGUUACCGGAGGCUGAUCGUUUCAUGGUGCAGCUGGUCAAAGUGCCAGGCUACGAGGAGCGCCUGAAGAUGAUGGUGCUGAGGGAGGAAUUCUUUCCUCUUAUGGAUGAGGUGAAGAACUCUGUUGCUGUCCUGACUAAAGCAGCAAAUGAGCUGUUGGACUGUGACGACCUGCACUCAAUUAUUCGGCUCGUCUUGAAAGCUGGGAACUAUAUGAAUGCUGGUGGGUACAGUGGCAAUGCAAUUGGCUUCAGGAUGACCUCUCUGCUUAAGUUGGCUGACACCAAGGCCAACAAGCCUGGCAUGAACCUCAUGCACUAUGUUGCCAAGCAAGCAGAGGACAUUGAUGCUGAGCUGCUGACAUUUGCAAACCAGCUUGAACACAUUGGGACGGCAUCAAGAAUUUGUAAAGAGGAGGUAACAUCAGACUUCAAAAGAGAAGUGAAGAAGAUCAAGGAGGUUAAACUGUAUGCCAGUAGACAACCUGAUUUACUUCAACAGAUGGAGACCUUUCUCUUGAGAGCUGAAGCCAAGCUGGCUGAUGUGGAGUCCUCUUUUCAGGAGCUUCACUCUCUGAGCCAUGCUGUGGCUGAGUACUUCUGUGAAGACCCAGCUACCUUCAAACUGGAGGAGUGCUGCUCCAUCUUCCAUUCUUUUUGCAAGAAGUUUCAUGUAGCUGUACAGGACAACAGAGAGCGAGAGGCAGCAGAGCUGAGGCGCAAGAGACAGGGGAGCUUGCGUGUUUCGGUCAAACGCCGCUCCACGUCAACUUGCCAGGAAUCUCAGCCAGAUCUGGAUAGCUCCAGCUUGGAGUCAAUCCUCCAUAGCUUUCUUUCCACCGGUUCAGGAAGUCUGUCCAGAUGUCGGAGGGGCAUGCUGCCUGUAAUUGAAGGAUCGCCAGCUGAGCUCAGUUCCCAGACAGACCCAUCGAUAGAUGAAUCAGAUGCUGGCUCAGAGAGUAGACAGGAGAGAAGCCCAGAGAAGAAGCAACCCAAGCUGCAGGAGGGGGAAGAGCAGGUGUCCAGCCUUGAAAACAAGGAGGAGGCUGAGAAGAUGCGUGAGGUGACUCGAAAGGUGCUUCGUUACCAAAACAGCCAUGGUAACCUUGUUGGGGACAAGGUGUCAGGCACCCCUCAGCGGCCAGAGAGAGAUGAGGUCACCCCAAGUACCCCAAGUACUCCUCGCCCUAGAACCAGGGACUUUGUCCUUGGCAGCAAUGGCAAACUGGGUUCUCCAUGGACUAUUCUGAGCCCUCUCACCUGCCCCCGUGGGAACCGCCUCCUACAAAACAGGCACUCCCCCCUUCACAGACUGUCUUCCUUAUCUAGUGGAGAUGACCCUGAUGAUGGAGUCUGGCAGCUCUACUCCACACCAUCCCACUCCACUCCCACCACCACCAGUCCACCUGCCCUUGACCCCAGUUGUCCUCGCAUGGUCCUGCAAGAGAAUGAUGGAGGAGGAGGCGAUCAUCUAACCCAAUCCAGUUUAACACCUUUGUCUGGGGGGUCUGCGUCUCUUCCUGAGUGUCCCAGUCAGAGAGCUCCAUCCCAGGGGCCGCUCCUCAGGUCACUCUCUUUAGAUGAAACCAGACGAUGUCCACCAGCUACCUUCUGGCUUGGGGACUUGUUUCAGAGAGGCAUUUCUCAAAGGACAAGAUCAUACUCCUCGGGCACAAAGACAGAAAUGACAGAAGAAGGAGCUGGAGUUUCUUCAAGGUUUGAAGCGAAGGCAGGGAAACACUUUGAGAGGCAUGUAAACUCCUCUGGGUUGAUGUCAUUCCUCAAACGAAUUGGAAGCAGAAUUAAACCCACAGAUGUGGAAGAGCAGUACUUCAGGGGAUCUGAUACUUGAUAAAAAACAGACUGACACAGAGACAAGGACAAUGCUUUUGCUUUGUUUUUGUUUUUUGUUUUUUUUUAUAAUUUUUAAAAAUUUGUUUGUCUUUAUUAUAUUGUUAUUGUUUUAAUGUUUUACUGCCCACUGGAACCAAGGCAAACUAGGAUUUGCUUUGAACUGUGAAAUUUUAGAUUUUUGAGGGUCAAGCAACAUUCAGAAAUCUCAAACCUUAAACUGUCUGAGUGUACAUGCAAUAAAGGAUAUUUUACUUUUUUAA